UGUGAGAUACCCGCUACCCACUUUUAAUAAAGGCAAAAUAUUGCGGUAUAAUCUUCAAAAUAUACCGAAAAUACUAAAAAUAUACCAAAUGGUAUGUUUGGUAUAUCGAUAUAGUACACCAUUCAAAAUAUACCAUAGACGGCAGAAUGUGCUAGAUUGUCGGCCAAAGCAACUCAGACCCCUAGUAAUUCUCGAGCGUGGAGCCGAAAUCAACAACCGUUCCAAUGAGUACUACGAGAGUGCAUUGUCAGUGGCUAGCUAUAAGGGUCAUAUUGAUAUGGUGCGUUUCCUCCUGCAAGCCGGCGCCGAUCACUUGAACUUCGCUCUUUCAGCGGCUUCAACAGGUGGCCAAAUGGAAGUGUCCACUGCCAUCGCCGCUCGAAAGUUCAAUUAA